GAUCUCACUUUCUAUACACAAUAUAAUGUGUUUAAUCACGAUUUAUUUUUAAUCACACAAGUGUUUUCGUAAUUUUAGUUACUUUAGAUUGAUAUCAUAAAAGAUCGCGUGGUUUUCACAAGGUGACUUAAUUUGAUUAACUGGUGAUCUGCAAUGUAGAAAGAAUUAAGAAUAAGAUAGUGAAAUAGACGGUUUAAACGUGGUAUGGUAUGUUACAAGAUGGGAGGAAAGUAUGGAGUGCAUUUCACCGGUGUUUUUACGAUUUUCUCAAUUUUAGGUCUAAUGCUACCAGCUGAGGUUUCGACACAGCAGAAUAAUGAUGGAGAUAUUCGAUUGAGAGGUAUCAACAGUACUUCGACACAAGGCAGAGUUGAGGUGUAUUAUAGAGGACGAUGGGGUACAGUAUGUGACGACGGGUUCGAUAAGUCAGAAGCUGUUGUUGUUUGCCGACAAUUAGGGGCUUCUGAUCCGUCAAACGGUAUAGAAGUUCUUGAUGGAAGGUUUGGACCAGGAACUGGUGAUAUUUUAAUAGACUCAAUUAAUUGCCAAGCAACGGAACAACGGCUAACAGACUGUCCAUUUGGUGGUUGGAAUGUAUCUGAUUGUACACAUGCUGAAGACGUUGGCGUCAUCUGUCCGCCAUCAUCCGUCACGCCCCGACCAACCAUAACCCCAGCUCCCACAGAAGCCCCGGUGAUUCCGGGCACUGGCAACUGCACACAACCUGAUGAAAAUAUAAGAGUAAUUGGACCUUCCAAUUUAGAUGGAGUAGGCGUUGUCCAGAUUAGAAGGAAUGGCGUUUGGGGCGGGGUAUGCGAUAAUGGGUGGGAUCUAUCAGAUGCUAAAGUUGUAUGCCGUAUGCUUUGUUUUGAUGUAGAUAAAGCUCUCCCAGGAGGCCCGGCGUUCGAUACAUCAGUUGUGACGGAACCAAUGACAGUUGAUAACGUUGCCUGCACUGGAAACGAGAGAUCAAUAACCGAAUGCGGACAAUCAGCGUGGACAGAGGGCAUUUGCCAGCGUAGUGAAAUGGCUAAAGUGACAUGUGUUGAUCUGAACAAUGCGCCACCCGGGAGACCAGAACCGUUAUUGGACUGUACGAACGGACUUCUGUCGAGUAGCUUUGCCAGAUCAAGGGAUGAGUUCUUAGACGAAAAACAUUUGUCUGUAGCCUUGACCUAUACCGGACCGUGUAACGUGGUUAAAACAAAAGACGAUGACUACGUCACAAUUCAAAUUCCUUUCGAUGAAUGCGGUACCCAGAGAAGUUCAAAUUCCACACAUAUCAUAUACAAAAGUAUCAUAAGAUAUUUACCUACUUCAUCGACUGGUGACGUGAGCAAUGCUAACACAUACAUGGUGCACGUGCAGUGUGAGUUACCACGUGACGUCGUUGCUGACAAGCCAAUUCAACCUCUUACAGAAACCGUAACACAAGUGGCUCCGGGAGAGUUUUUAGUCAAUAUGCAUUUCUACAGGAAUAAUAGCUUUAAGGUCCCAGUUAGCGACUUUCCUUUGCAGUUACCACUGGGAGAAUGGUUAAACGCGGCCCUGGAGCUGACAGAUGUCGACAAAAACCUUAAACUAGUCGUGCCAAACUGUUACGCUACUCCGACAGCUGAUAAGAAUGAUCCCAUCAGAUAUCCAUUAUUUACAGAUAAGUAAGUAAAAAACAACACGGUUGGCUUCUUCCCGUUGAAUAACACGUGGUUUGGCUACCGUUACCAGACGUUUAAAUUUGUACAGUACAGUGAGGUGUAUAUACAUUGUGACGCCUAUGUUUGUGAACAUGACGACCCAAAUCCACAAUGUGACCGGAGCUGUUUCGAAACUUCAACAUCUGCAGCUGCUCCAGAGUCAAGGAGAAAAAGAAGUAGUUUUAGGGCUCCCCAGCACGUGUAUGUUAGUAGUGGUAUGAUGAUUGUCUAUGAUCCCCUCCCAUCAAACGAGAUCAUUCGACCAGACCAGAAAACAUCGACUGCAAGACCUUCCACUGAAAGUUCUUCAAACCAUUCAACCCAGUCACCAGCCGUUAUUACUAAGGCACCGUCAACGUCGUCUAAAACAACAAGCCAAUCGCAGACUGUUUCAAAUCACGUGACUUCAGUGCCAUCAAAAAUGAGUAGCCAAUCACAGACUGUUUCGGAUCAUGUGACACAGAAAACUAGUCAUGCAACUAAUCAUCCUGAAAACGGCUACUCAAAAAAUUGGAUUGAAGAAAAAUUUAUAGUUGGUAGCGGGUCAAGAUCAAUGUUCAAGCCUUGUUUUGUUGUAGUUUUGGUCUCUUUUUGUUUACAUUUUAUUCGACUUUGAUAGUUAACAGUUGUCAUGAGUGUUUUAGAAACAAUUCAGGGAUACUUCAAUGUAACACGUAAUUUCCUUGAACAAUAGUGAUUGUAAUAUUAUUUCAAUUUCCUUCGAUGUUAUAAAAAAGCAAGCUAAGUAAUUUUCUUUUACAACCUUUCAUUAAUAUAUUUUCUUUUGCAAAGUUGCCUUUAAAAUCAACUCAUACUUGCAAUGACGUUAUGAAAUUUUAUAACAAAAUUGAAAUAACAUUUUAUUUAUCGGUCGCAAAAAAUUCAUUUAAAAAAAUUAAGUUUAAACGCUAGGGAAUUGUUUUUCUUUUAUGUUUUACAGAUCCUUAAACUUUCAAUAUAAUAUCCUUAUAAAUUUGAUACAUAGCAAUAAAAGCUAGUUCUCACUUGAUCCGCUUUUUCACAUUAAACGUGUUUAUUUGGGCUUGAGGUUAUCAGAGAUUGACAUAUUUAGUUUAAAUAUUUAUAUUGAGCAUCAAGAUUAAGUUUGCUUUUUAUCAUAAAUUUUUAACCCCCGAUUCAUUGGUGCAGUGUAAACUUUUAUCAAAGAACAAACAUUAUUUAUUAUGCUAAAUAACCGCAGCUUUAAUUAAAUCCGUGCAAAAACGAAGAUUAAACAGGAUGUAAAAUGAAAAAGUAAGGCAACAAGUUUGCAUUAAAAAUUCUCAGAAAAUAGACGAAAAGAACCGAAAGGAUGAGUAAUUGGCGACAAGAAGACAGGACCUCCAGGUGCAUUAAAACAUAACUAUGUAAGGCUAUAUAAUAUAUAUAAAAUAUUUUCCAGUUGGUGCCAUACUUUAAUUAUUUUUUUAAAGAUUCAUGUACUAGAAACAUAAUUGAACUGCAUUUUAAAGGGAUUUUGAUUCAUGUCGGCCAAAAUUACGUUUGUUUCAUUAUGUCGGUACAAAUCUGACACCAAUAUCCGUUGUGAUAUUUCAAAUUAUGACGUCAUUUGGUUGACGUCUCUUUUAACGCUAAUGUACGCGGAUAAAAGGCCAUUAAGACCAAUAUGUUAAUUAUCAUAUUUAACGAUUUUAUUUGCGAUUGUAUUAACAUAACAAAUUUCUUAGUCACGUUGUACACUUUCAUUAACAGUAUAAAUAACCCCCAGUGGCCUAUGAGAAAUUAACAUUACUAAAAAGUGAGGGAUAAUAAAGUUAUAUGUUAUUAACUUCUUCUUGUAUUUUGUACUACCGCCCUCAUUUUAUUAAAUGUCAUUUUACAUAAUUUUACGAAAAACAAGUAGUUUGAAUGAGAAGAGUGUGAUUUUCCUGUAUGUGGUGCUAUAAAGGUACUGUAAAUUUCAGUCUAAAAACCACUUUAGAAACUGUUUACUUUGCCACUUACAAAUACUAUCGUAAUGUUACAGAAUAAUGAUAUUGUUAUGCAUUUUAAACUUAAUUUUACAAGUGCAUGAGUAAACAAUGCAACUAUUAUAUUUACAAAUUCACAUUCAACAAUUAAAUUAUACAAUGAUAUUAAACCGACGUAUAAGGUUAGACAAAAUAGUGUCUUAUAGGUGGUUGGGAGAGGAUGCGAUUUUAUUUUAGGGUCGGGCCGCUACGACUUUCUUUCUUUCCUUACAAUUCUUAAGUUUUUAAUUAGAUCCUGAAAUGAAACUAAGCUGUAUAACGCUGACGCUCACUGGCAUUGAAAACACCAUUUGAGCCGCGUCACGUCAAAACCAACAUAAUGCGUUUGCGACCAGCAUGGAUCCAGACCAGAUUUCGCAUCCGCGCAGUCUGAUCAGGAUCCAUGCUGUUCGAUAUCAUUUCUCUACUUGUAAUACAUUUGUAAGCGAACAGCAUCGAUCCUGAUCAGACUGCGCGGAUGCGCAGGCUGGUCUGGAUCCAUGCUGGUCGCAAACGCAUUAUGUUAGUUUUGUCGUGACGCAGCUCAUUUAUUAAAUUGCUUCAAAAAUAAAUGCUUAAAUUUAAACUUGCCAAAUUCGCUUUAUUACAUUUUUUUUUUCUGAUUUCAUUGAAGAUUGUGAUAUGUAAUAAUAUAUCAUAUAAAAUCAUAAUUGUGUUUUCCACCAUAUUGUAUAUAUUGACGUUUAUUCAACUCGCAUCCUUCCGCCAUACACGUCCAUACAGAAUUGUGUUGCCUAGAAAAAAGUCAUAAUCAUCAUUUUACUAUUGUUUUUACUUAGACAAUAUUUAAGCCGUGUCACGACAAAACCAACAUAGUGUGUUUGCGACCAGCAUGGAUCCAGACCAGCCUGGCUCUAUACUGGUGGCAAAGGCUAAUCACUUUUGGCUUCCAAAAGGUUUAUGGUAAAAUAAGUUAAUGUAUGAAAAAAAUGUAAAUGUAAAUAUUGUCUUUAGUUUUAUAGUUGAAAGAUAACUGUUAUUGUUCUUUGUCUAUUUUGGAUUGAUAAUCUUUUUUAUAUGAAUGGUGCUUUAUAAAUUUGUAUUCACCACUGUUUUUGUUUACUUUAUGAUAGAAUUUUCUACUAUCUUUACCAAAAUCUUUCCCCCUUAACUAACGGGGUAUGAGGAAUUUAUGUAUAACAAUUAUUUAUUUGUUAACAUGCAACAUUUGACCGAAGUUACUUUAUCCUGCCCUGUAUUUAGCAGAGUAUGGAAAUUUUCUGGAUAGUAAGUGCCUUAACUCACGUUAAAUCACCUAAUUUGUACAGUUGGCAACAUUUUUUAUUCAUUAGAAUUACAAUAUUUUUUUAAGUUUCCAUGUAUAUAAACAACACUUUAGAAUACUGGGUUUGAAACUUAAUUUCAUCGAUCUGAAUCAGACAAUUACAAAUUUUUGGAAUAAUUAUAUUAUAUAAUAUUACAUUACAUUUCAUUAUAUUCAAUGACAUACUAUAAAAACAGGGAGCAUGGGUUUCUGAUUUCAAAACUGAAACAACAAUUAAGAAAACUUAAUACACAAGUUGUUUUUUAUGUACAAUGCACUCUAGUGUACUAUUCUCGUCCCCUUAUCCGUCCAUUCAUUCAAUAUACUUACUUAUUAAAAGUCAAUUAAGCUAUAUCCAUUACUUUAUAAUUACUUUAUUAUCAUUUAACCGUCCAAAAGUUCAGAAAUGUCCAUUUUAUUGUAUUACGUUUUUGUUGUUGUUUUUUACAGUUAAGCAUAAAUAUAUAUUCGUAGUUUGUUGAUUCAAGUUUGAUUAUGAACUUUUGUACUUAUUGCCUCGAUUCGAAGCGAUGCUCAGUUACUAAUAAAGAUAAUAAUUGA